AUGUAUCCGAAUCAGGGGAUAAUGUUCGGCGAUUUUUCUCUGGAGCCACAGGGCUUCAGAGACAUGAAUAGGCACGAAAAAAGUCUGGGGCUGCUCACUGAAAAGUUCGUCCAACUUCUUAAAGAGGCUCCCGAUGGCAUUUUGGACUUAAAAUUAGCAGCCGACUUUCUUGCUGUUCGACAAAAAAGACGCAUUUAUGAUAUCACCAAUGUCUUGGAGGGCAUUGGUCUCAUUGAAAAGCGCACAAAGAACAGCAUUCAAUGGAAAGGUGGGAGUGCAGCUACUAAUGGUCCUGAUAUUCAAGCUCGUCUCGAUGAGCUGCAAGCCGAGGUUGAAUACCUAGAGAACCUUGAGAAAAAAGUUGAUGAGCACCGAGCCAAAGUCCUCCAGUCCAUCCGCAACGUCCAGGAAGAUCUUGACAACGAGCACUUUAGCUACAUAACCCACCAAGACCUUCUCAAUGUCUUCCAUGAUCGUACUUUAGUGGUAAUUCGCGCCCCAGAAGGAACAAUACUUGAUGCCCCCAUCCCCGAAAGCGGUAUGGACCAGUCCACACAUUCCCUCUUUGCAAUGAAACGAUCCUACAAGACAAGUCCAGAGUACCAAAUUCACCUAAAAAGCCCAUCCACGGCUAUCGAAGCCUUGCUAGUGAACCAAGAUGAUAGUCAAGGUAGAGCUCGAAUUAUACCACCUGGACAACCAAACUUUGAUUCGCGAAGGCCAACCGCCAAUCGGCAAGAAGAUGUUAGCGUUCCCAAUCCCUUAUUUCCGCUCAGUCCUCCGCCAGAUGCCCAGGAUUUUACCUGCAAUCUGGAAGAGAACGAGACAAUUUCAGACCUCUUUGAUGUACCAGUUCCAUAUAAGCUUGAGUAA